CUUCCGGGGAGGGGCGGGUCAGCGGAAGUGAGGGCAGCGGAGGCUGGGCUGCCCCUUGUGGUAGGAGGGGCUGUGAGGUGAGCGAGUCCGGGAGCCGGAGUCUGAGGAGGGGGAAUUUGGUGUUCCUCAAGAUGGCCUGAUAUGAAGAGGUCCCACCUCCGGCCUCCUCAAGGUGCGCUGAGGCUGCCUUGUCCUUCAAGUGCAGGAGCUGGUUGAAGUAUCAGGAAUGGAAGCCAAUGUGACUAUUCCAAUCUGGCAAAACAAGCCACAUGGAGCUGCUCGAAGUGUAGUGAGAAGAAUUGGGACCAAUCUACCCCUGAAGCCAUGUCCCCGAGCAUCCUUUGAGACCCUGCCCAACAUUUCUGACCUGUGUUUGAGAGAUGUGCCCCCAGUCCCUACUCUGGCUGACAUUGCCUGGAUUGCUGCAGAUGAAGAGGAGACAUAUGCCCGGGUCAGGAGUGAUACACGCCCCCUGAGGCAUACCUGGAAGCCCAGCCCUCUGAUUGUCAUGCAGCGCAAUGCCUCGGUGCCCAACCUUCGUGGGUCUGAGGAGAGGCUUCUGGCCCUAAAGAAGCCAGCCUUGCCAGCCUUAAGCCGUACCACUGAGCUGCAGGAUGAGCUGAGCCACUUGCGCAGCCAGAUUGCUAAGAUAGUGGCAGCUGAUGCAGCUUCGACUUCAUUAACGCCAGAUUUCUUAUCUCCAGGAAGUUCAAAUGUCUCUUCUCCCUUACCUUGUUUUGGAUCCUCAUUCCACUCUACAACUUCCUUUGUCAUUAGUGACAUCACCGAGGAGACUGAGGUAGAGGUCCCUGAGCUUCCAUCAGUCCCCCUGCUUUGUUCUGCCAGCCCUGAAUGUUGUAAACCAGAACACAAAGCUACCUGCAGCUCAUCAGAAGAGGAUGACUGCAUCUCUCUGUCCAAGGCCAGCAGCUUUGCAGACAUGAUGGGCAUCUUGAAAGACUUUCACCGGAUAAAACAGAGCCAAGAUCUGACCCGGAGUUUAAUGAAAGAAGAAGACCCUGCCGUGCUUAUCUCUGAGGUCCUAAGGAGGAAGUUUGCUCUGAAGGAAGAAGAUAUCAGUAGAAAAGGAAACUGACAGCACUCCACCCUGCAAACUCAGUCUCAUUCUCCUGGAAUUUCUUCAAUAGCUGCCUUCCUCAAUGCAGAUGUUUCUGCCUCUCAGUUAGGAAUCUUCUACAGCGGUCUUGCUAAAAAGCUAAUGCUUGGAAAGAGCUGGAUUAUUGUUUCCCAUACUUCAAACCUUAGCAGAAGCUAAGGUCUGUGGCUUGAGCUGAGACAUUUGUUACAGGUAAUUGUGUAGGGUGGCUUAGUUUAGGGGGUAAGAUAGAUGUUUCUUGUAUUCUCUUGCCCCUGUGUGAAAAUAGGUCCUAAAUGAAUGACUGACUUCACUGCAUUAGAUCUCAUAACUUGUCUCAUCAGACGCUUUGUGCCCAGCUGUCAUUCACUCUCAGCAGCUUCCUUGUAGCAGAGCAGGGCUUUAGGGAAGGGGCUGUGUAUAUGUACAUGUUCACAAGGCAGGGAAGAUCUUAUGCUGCUCCAUCAUAAACCUACACCAGUGCCCAGCAGUCACCUUGCCCUGUCUAGUUGUAGAGGUUGGGCUACUGGACCAGCCAAUACUUGGGCUGCUACUAGGAGGCCUGGGUGGUUUUUUUCUGAAGCAUAUUUUAUAAUACUGUACAACCAAAUCUACCCUUCAGGGCCCUGGAGCCUCAUCAGUUCCACUGAUUAAAAACUUUUUCCUCCAUGGACUUCAGUUUAAAUCCAGUGGAGAGAAACAGGGAGGGGAAAGAACAUUCCAUCCUUCUUCCAGGCCCUGGACUGAAUUCUGCUUUGGGUUGGGCCAAGGUUUGCAUCUACUGCAUCAUGCAUGACUCACAUGCCCUUGGGGCCCUUUCUCUGCCGUAUGUAUACUGUGUGUGUUUGGGUUGAAAUACUACCUGGCAUUAAAUGAAGGAUUUGGAGAAAUUUUCUUUGUCCAUUUCUGAGUUGUGGUCAUCCUGCAUCCCUUCGGGGUAGAGGAUUCCUAUGAAUUUAAAGUAUAUGAGCUUGGGCCAGGGAUUUAGCUCAGUGGUUCCACCGCCUGUCUCGCAAGCACAAGGACCCGAGUUCCAUCCCCGGUACCAAAAAAAACACAAAAAAUAAAGUAUAUGAGCUUUCUUAAAUAGGCUUCUGGCUUUCCCUCUUUCCUUUUAAGGUCCUGUCCUUUAACAAGAUUUUGACCUAUACUCUUAAAAGCAGUUAUUUGCAAGUUUCUCCCCUGGAGGUUGUUUAAGCCUUGGGUACCAUUAACUGUAACAUGUGCUUGCUUCGGCAGCACAUAUACCAUAACUGCAACGUGACAAAUUGCACCUGUUGGAUGAUGCCAUGGAUAGAACAGAGGCCAAAUUAGACUCCUGUGCAGGUCAGAACCCUGACACAAUAUGUAUUAUUAAAAAGUUGCUCUUUCAAAAAUAAAAUUGGUGGGCUAGGAAUUUAGCUCAGUGGUGCUGCUGCCUGCCUCGCAAGCACAAGGUCCUGAGUUCAAUCCCCAGUACCAAAAAUAAAAUAAAAUAAAAUUGGUAAUGUUCUAAUUACCACCAGAACCAGCAUUACAAACAUUAACAUGUUUUACAAAGGGGAUUUCUUCCCAGAAGGAGGGUAGGGUUCCUUAUGACCUUAUGAAGGAAAACCUAUCAGUCACAUCUAGAUUGUUUUAUUGCUCAGGCUUUUUUGGUUUUUUUGGUACUGGGGAUCAAACUCAGGACCUUGUGCUUGCCAGGCAGGUGCUGUGCUGCUGAUGGUCAGGCUUUUUAAGGGAAGGAUAUUUAAACAAAUUGUAUAAGUUUAAAAUGCUGUACAGUUACCACAAAAAUAAAAUAACAAAAAAAUGA